AUGCUGCUCAAGCGGCAUAUAACACAUGGAAUGGGAAGAACUGGGACCAUACAAAUUGUGAGCGAAAAGCAAGGUUGUAUAAACGUCACCGAUAGUUCACAGCUACAACUGGGUUGUUCUCGGAAAUGGAUGCACAAUGAAUACGAAGAAGUGAUGUGUGCUUGUGAAACGGACAACUGUAACAGGGAUGAUCUUUCCGCAUCAGCUGUGAUCCCCUGUGCUACUUCUAUGACAGCCUUAAUCAUUGCCAUAGCAAUUUAUAUUGUGUGA